GCCUGCUCCGCUGAGCGGGCCCAGGCUCCCAGGGCUGGUGGGAUCCCCUCCCGCAGGGACAGGGUCGCCAACCCCUUCCCAGGUGUCCGGUUUGGAGCUUUCUGUUGGGGAAACGAAUUGAAACAAUAUAAAUGAGAAAAUAGAAAUGUCCGGUAUUUUCUAAAUCAGAUGUAAUGGAGAUUGUGAUGUACUGUCAAGUGUGUCUGGUAUUUUUGUUGAAACCGCCUGGCAACUCUACCAAUCUUCUGGGGCUGCUUCCACCUUUCCCUGUGGGGCAUGAGCCUGUGGGACCCCAUGAUCACUACAUUACCUGGUUUAUACUUGAUGUCUGUUGGAAUAGUGAAACCUGCAGUUUGGCUCUUUGGAUGGUCUGGAAGUAUAGUGUGCUCCACAGGAAUGCUCCGUUUUAUUAACCUCCUUUUCAGUGUUGGAAACUUCUACUUACUGUAUUUGCUUUUAUGCAAGAUACAUAAUAAAAACAAGACUGUGUCUGGUUUCCAGAGAAUCUUAUCUACCGUAACCCUUUCAGUAUUCCCUACUCUUUAUUUUUUUACAUUCCUUUAUUAUACAGACACAGGAUCAGUAUUUUUUACUUUGUUUGCAUAUUUAAUGUGCCUUUAUGGUAAUCAUAAAACUUCUGCCCUACUUGGGUUUUGUGGCUUUAUGUUUCGUCAGACAAAUAUUAUAUGGACAAUUUUUUGUGGGGGAAGUGUUGUUGCACAACAGCUAAGUGAAGCCUGGAAGACAGAAUCACAGAAGAAGAAAGAAGAAAGAAUUACAAAGGGAUCAUUUUCAGAAUUAAUCAAAGUAUUACAGUUUCUUACUGAGUAUAUCAUGUCACUUAAAAACGUAGUAACUCUUAUUAUUUUGACCUGGCCAUACAUCCUCUUAGUAAUUGUGUUCUUUGCUUUUGUGGUAAUCAAUGGUGGAAUAGUUGUUGGUGACAGAAGUAGCCAUGAAGCCUGUUUCCACGUUCCUCAGCUGUUCUACUUCUUUUCCUUUACUCUGUUUUUUUCUUUUCCUCAUCUAAUGACCCCGAAUAAAACGGGAAAUUUCCUUCAAUGUGUACGGAAGCACUUGAUUCAAUAUAGCAUGCUCGUUGCUAUCUCUUUAUUCCUGGUCUGGAAAUUUACAUAUGUUCAUAAAUACUUGAUUGGGGAUAACAGACAUUACACAUUUUAUGUAUGGAGAAAAGUCUUCCAAAGACAUGACCUUGUGAAAUAUAUAUUUGUUCCUGCCUAUGUAUUUGCUGGCUGGAGUUUGGCUGAUUCACUGAAAUCAAAAUCUGUUUUCUGGAACUUAUUAUAUUUUGUAUGUGUGUUUGCUGUCACAGUUCCUCAGAAACUACUAGAAUUUCGUUACUUCAUUUUACCAUUUUUAAUAUAUAGGCUCAAUAUUCCAGUUCCACCUCUUUCCAGGCUUCUUCUUGAGCUGGCUUUUUAUGUUGUUGUGAAUGCAAUAACUUUUCAUCUCUUUCUGAACAAAACUUUUCAGUGGCCAAAUAGUGAAGAAAUCCAGAGGUUUAUGUGGUGAUUUGGUACUCUUAAGAAAACUCAAUUCUGUGCCUUUUCUGCAAUUUACAUGUGAAUACAGAACCUGAAA